CUGACAGUGCACGUCAAGUGAUAAGGCGUGUCAGUCCCUGUCUUAUCAUUAACUACGAAACGCUGUAGUGAGGCAAGGAGGUAUGCUGCGUCUUAUUCUUUUAGUGUGUUGUGUCGGCACUUUGUAUGCUGAAAAAGUACGUUAUGACGGGCACAAAAUUAUUCGUGUGACACCCAGCUCUGAAGCGGAGUUUUAUCAACUCGAUGAAUUUCAACAAUACUUGGCCAAGGAAAGGGUUGACAUAUGGCACAAGAGCUCCGGACCCAAUUCACACCUCGACUUCCGGCUUGGACCGGAUAUGGGUUACAUAUUGGGCCACCUGCGACUGACGUCACGUGUUCUCAUUCCGAAUGUACAGGCCUACAUUGACUACGAACUGAAAACCAACAUCAUGUCCAAACAGCAUGUUGGAGCUGGGUUUGACUACGGCAUGUAUCAUGAUCUCGACGAGAUUAUGGACUGGAUGAAGGACAUCGUUUCUCAGUAUUCUGAAAUAGCUCAGCUGUUCCCUAUCACUGAGUCAUUUGAAGGCCGCCAGCUGAAUGGAAUCAAGAUUUCAGUGGACCCUCGUCCAGGAAAACCAGGAAUAUGGCUGGAGGGCGGUAUCCAUGCCAGAGAGUGGAUCUCACCUGCCACAGUAAUUUACAUGACAGGACAGUUUCUGGAGCAAAAUGGGAAAGACCCGAAUGUGACGGCAGCUCUCAAAGCCUUUGACGUUUACAUCGUCCCCGUUUUCAACAUCGACGGCUAUGAAUACACCCGGAAAACAGACCGUAUGUGGAGGAAGACGAGGAGCAAGCGUGACGGUCAGAGAUGUGUGGGUGUGGACCCCAACAGAAACUGGGACUUUCACUGGUGCGCCCUGCCAGGUGCGAGCACGGACCCCUGCUCCGAGUCCUACUGUGGACCAUCAGCGUUCUCUGAGAAGGUGGUCAGCGGUGUCGCCGACUACAUACAGAACAAAACCAUCAACGUCGUUGGUUUCAUUGACUUCCACAGCUACUCUCAGUUAUGGAUGACUCCAUGGGGAUAUACCAAGGCAUUGCCUAAAGAUGCUGAUGCUCAGGACGUGACGUCGGCUGCUGCAGUGGGUGCCAUUGAGUCGGUCCAUGGUACCAAAUACAAAUACGGUUCUAUUGCCAACAUAAUAUAUGUGGCUACCGGAAGUAGUGCUGACUGGACAUACGGCGGGGCCAACAUUGAGUACUCUGUCGGAGUUGAACUGCGUGACACAGGAAAAUAUGGAUUUCUGCUUCCGCCAGACCAAAUAGUUCCCUCAGGACAGGAGACACUGGCGGGCGUGCUGGCGUUUAUGAGUAGCAUUAAUAUGUCAAAAUAAAUUGAGUUCCUUGUUAUGUUGA